AUAUGCAUAGACAGUGACGUCGCAUCCUGGCUGUUGGAGAGUAGGAAGGUGCAGGAGGGGGAGCGUGAAGGAAGAAAAUGACCGACAGUGACCUCGAACCAUCCAUGCGCGUCUGCGGCAUUGCCAUCUUUUCCAAACAGUAAAUAAAUACGCCACCUUAACCUUUCUUUUACAAAUAUAUUGGACCGCAGUUGUAUAAUUCAUAAAUAAUAAAUAAGUCGAUCGUGUUGCAGUUUGCUUUUUUCUGCGGCACUGCCUUCUUUCUCUGUCUGUGAUUAUGGAUAAAGCAAAAUCCAUUGUGGAGCAGAACGGAGCAGGUCCAUGGUGUGCGAACGCACUGCAGAAUGUGUUUCACUCGCCACAUAUGAUCAACGGCACCUGCAAUGCUUUCAGUGCUGCUGCUGGUAGUACCACUACGACCUCUAGUGGUGGUACUACCGCAAGUUCUAGCAAUGGAACAACAGAGCGUCUUCACCAGGACCUACAUGGAUCCCCUGCAAAGAAAUGCAGAUUCGGGAGGAGGAUGGAUUCGGGAAAAAAGAACAGACCGCCCUUCCCCUGGUUUGGGAUGGACAUUGGCGGCACACUGGUGAAGCUGGUCUACUUUGAGCCCAAAGAUAUCACAGCUGAGGAAGAGCAGGAGGAGGUGGAGAACUUGAAGAGUAUCCGGAAAUACCUGACCUCCAACACGGCCUACGGGAAGACAGGGAUCCGCGACGUCCACCUGGAGCUGAAGAACCUGACCAUGUGCGGCCGCAAAGGCAACCUGCAUUUCAUCCGCUUCCCCACCCAGGCCAUGCACAGGUUCAUCCAGAUGGGCCGGGACAAGAACUUCUCCAGCCUGCACACCACUCUCUGUGCCACCGGUGGGGGGGCCUACAAGUUUGAGGAGGACUUCAGGGCAAUGGCAGAUCUGGAGCUGCACAAACUCGAUGAACUGGACUGUUUGAUUCAGGGGCUGCUCUACGUGGAUUCCAUUGGGUUUAAUGGCCAUCCAGAAUGCUACUUUUUUGAAAACCCCUCUGACCCGCAGAACUGUGUGAAGAGGACGUGUUGCCUUGACAACCCAUUCCCAAUGCUGCUGGUUAACAUAGGCUCUGGUGUCAGUAUCCUGGCAGUUUACUCCAAGGACGAUUACAAACGAGUGACUGGGACCAGCCUUGGAGGUGGAACGUUCCUGGGACUGUGUUGCUUGCUGACUGGCUGCGAGACAUUUGAGGAAGCUCUGGAGAUGGCAGCUAAGGGCGACAGUACUAAUGUGGAUAAACUUGUGAAGGAUAUCUAUGGGGGAGAUUACGAACGCUUUGGGUUACAGGGGUCUGCUGUAGCGUCCAGUUUUGGUCACAUGAUGAGUAAAGAGAAGCGAGAUACUAUCAGUAAGGAAGACCUGGCAAGGGCUACUCUCGUCUCCAUCACGAACAACAUUGGCUCGAUAGCUCGGAUGUGCGCAGUGAAUGAGAAUAUAGAGAGGGUGGUCUUUGUUGGGAAUUUCCUCCGAAUCAACAUGGUGUCCACCAAGCUGUUGGCGUAUGCCAUGGAUUUUUGGUCUAAAGGACAGCUCAGAGCUUUGUUUCAGGAACAUGAGGGUUACUUUGGAGCAGUGGGGGCCCUUCUGGAGUUACUGAAGAUGACAGGUGACUUCUAAAGAGAAUGCCGUGCAAAGAGAGAGAGAAUCAAAGCAAGCAAACCGACCUGUAUGGGAUAAAGCUGCUGUUAAUUUUAAGGAAGCCACUACCAGAAAUUGGAAAAGACAUUUUGUAUUUUAAAACUGUAAAUAUUGUUAAUUCUUCCUUCUAGUGAUCCUAGCAGAGGUAAAGAUUUUUAGGAACUAAUUUAAACCAUGGAACACUUGGAUCAAGAUAACAUUUUAGGGAAAGGAUUCCUGUUCCACUGUAUAUGUGUAUUUUUAAAAAAGUGCACUGAGGCCAAAAUCUACUGCCCUUUUUUAUUAUUAUUCGUGUGGAUACCAGAAUACUUGCUGUAGACAAAGGACUUAUCUGAGAAAACUGACCUAUAGUAAGAUGAAAUCUAGAUAUCUACUGUCUCACUUGCUACAGCCUAAGCCUCUACUGGCAAAUUAUGUUGACCAUGCCAACUUCAGCUCUGACAAGUGUCAGGGGACCAAGUUGUUGACUCUGGUCUCACUAGGAUUUGCCUGUGCUCUGGGCGGUAUUUUGCUUGAGCUUGAGCUUGCCUUGCAAAUGAGCAUCCAGGCUACAUAAUACAUCCAGCCAGGGACGUUGCUUUACCAGCAACCUCACAACCCAAAUCCACUGAUGCUCACUAAUGUAGUUAGUAAAAUUAUUGAUUGUGUUGUCUUUGAGAUAUUGUGGGGCAGGGAAUCACUGUAGGCUCACUAUACCAGUAUCUUGAAAUCCUGGAACUUGAUAGCCAAAGUCUGGCUUGCUGUUUGUGCAUUACAGUGGAUAUUUAUCCAGUAGGCUAAGAAGACCAAAUGCAUUAGCCAAACCCCAGAGGAGUUACUAAACCUGACUUGAAGGGUUUCUGUAAAGCACAAAUCUAAACAUUAUGUAAGAGAUGAUACUAUCAUGUGCCUGCUGGUCUUGCUGAUGAGAUUGAUGGUUGGACCACUCCCAGCAGAGGCAAAUUUCCGAAGCUAAUAGCAUUACCACAUACUUCCUAACAGUAGGGAGCAGUAACCAUCCGUCACUAAUAGAGUGCCACUCAAAUACAUACUUCACUUUCUGAUUCAGUAGCCCAUAUCACCAACAAAUGUAGUUGUCCAACAUACUUUUUAAGUCUUUUUAAUAUCAAUGGCAAAACUCAAAAGUCAAGUAGAAAAACAUUUCCGUGGCUAAACACAUUCUGAUUUCUUCUAAAAUUGGUCCAUUCUCUCUUUCUAUUUUGGGGGUCUGCUUUUAAUCAGAGUGUGAUGUUUUUUGUUACAUGUGUUUUUAACCGCCUGGGAGAUUUUACUGGAUUACUUUCUGUUCAUUUUCAUGACAUUUCAUGAUCUAUUCUCGGUUUCAAGUGAAACUACAAAGCUAACCUGUGAGCUGCUAUCACUAAAAGUCCUCACUCUUUCCUUCCUUUUUUGAAACACAUCUAUGAACUAUAUUUGGAAAGAGUCACCUUUCUUUGAUCAUGCACAGCAAGGAUGACCUGAACUAGCAGUCAUGCAUGCUGGUUUGGGGUCCAGGAACAGGAUCUGAAGAGUUGUGUAAUUUAUGUCAGGCUUCUUUGCCACAUGCAAUGCUGAGUGUUUGCACAUGUUGGAGAAAAAAUGCUGAAUUGUGUUGCCACAGAAAACUGUUGAGAAAAACAUCAAGGGUCAUACUGUAUACAAAGUUUAAAGAAAACAAAGUAUUGAUGUUACAAAGCUUCAAAUGGAUACUGUAGCAAGCUGAUUGAAGUCCUAUAUGCAUCAUUUGGUUGUAUUUAUACUAUUUUGUGUAACACGAAAGCAGUGCAAAUGUAUCACUGCGGUUAACGCUUUGUGAAUAUGGCCCUAGUACUGUGAUUUCAUAUUGUUUCCCUGUCACAAGUAAUGUGACUAGAACAGGAAAGCCAGACCCAUAUUAAAUAAGUAUGUUUAAUGUUUGUGUGUAAAAUGCUGCUUUCUGCUUUCUGUUGUAAAUACAUUUUCUGUUUUUUAUUGCUGGUGUAAACACUAUAAUACUUGUACCAAGGCCAAAGCUGAGAUGUAUUGGGACUGUGCUGAAUUUAAAUUUGUGGUUUAUAUGUUUGUGUUGCAAACCCGUUUCUGAAAUAGAAUGGAAUUAUGAAUGAAAUGACGGGCAAGUCCCUUCAAUGGAACAUAGCGUGAAACCAGUUUCAUGAUGAAUACGACCAAGUUAAAUUAAGACAACAUAAUUAUUCAUUAAACACUACAUAUACACCCACCAUCAUAUUGCCUUGUAUUAAACUGAUGACAAUUGCAAACAGGUGCCACAUUUACUGACUUAAGUUUGAAUCAUAACUGAAUACAAAGCCUAAGUAGUGCCACCAACUUUUCUACCCACACAGGUCAUUUACAAUAGUGUUAAGCCAUUUAGCUUGCAUAAUAAGUCUAGUCCGUUCUGCUGGUGAUGUGCUGUGGUAUGCGUGUUGUGUUCUGCUGCUCUUGGUCUUGAUAUGCUCUGAACACUUGCCAUCCAAGCCACAGGAAAUAAACCCUCCUGUGCAUUGUUUUUGACAGAUUAUUUCUUUUCCCAUAAACCUGUAUUUUAAACAGUUGCUAGCUGUUUUUAUAAUAUUGAAAGUUUGGUUAAGUGCAGGUUUUCGGCACAAAUAGCUCUGGGUGUGAAUAACCCCAUCCUUCUUACACAAGAGGGCUGAAGUUAGGGUUAGGGUUAGGGUUGUGUAAGUGCAUUAUGCUGCGGACAUUGUAUGGGCAUCCUAGUAAAGGUUUUAUAAAUAUAUAUUUAAUUUAUAUAUAUGUUUUACAAAUCUUUCCCCAUUACUGAAAACAGUGAAGAUGCUCAGUUUGCUCACCCCUAGACCACUGGUACAGUCUUGGUUGUUAAGUCGCCAUUAUUGAAGUAUGCCAUGUUUUUUUUCUUUUUUAACUUCACUUUUAUUGCAAACCCACGAUCUCACCCGGGAGGAUGGUACAUGCGGGUCUCGACACAGCAUUGCGAUUAAGCCAAGGAUGUCAAGUGCCCUUUAAUAAGUUUUAACAUGUCUUGACUCCUAUACUGGUUAAAAAACGUUAAACAUGUCCUGAAGUUGCCAUUCAGAGUUAGAUUUUUUUAUUUAUUCUUAUUCAUAAUAAUAACAUAUUUUCUCCUUUUCAAGAAAGAUGGCCCAAUUAAAGAUUGAAGUAAAACUUAUUUAUAAUUGGACCUUAAUUGUGGAAUCUAUGAUAUUAAGCCAUUGAAAGUUAAAUGUUGUCCUUUCAUGCAAGAAAUCUCCUUGUUUAUUGUAUUAUUUUGUGUUGCAAUUUAAAAAAAAAUGUAUGAAUAGGACAUUAUAGAAAUUAAAGGAUAUGAUCAUAACUAGAUUUAAAAAUGCUACAUUCAGUUGCGUGUUUUUCAGUGUUUAGUUUUCCCUUAAUAUUUCUAAAUGUAACUAAUUUGAUUUUUGACUUUCACAAGAAGACACUUCAAAGCUUGUAUAAUCCGAUUAAGCUGUCUAUAGCACUUUUAUUUCUAGCCUCAAGUACUCAUUUGCCUGCCGCGAAAGAUAAAUGCUAGGCAACUAUGAACAGUACUAUUUUUUUUCAUCAUCAGUUAAUAAUGGAAUUGCCCAUCUGUGACUGCAUUUAAGAUAUUUGCUGCAUUGAGAAAUACUAUAUCUUAUAUAAACUGGGAUUUUAAAAUUGUCAAAAUAUUGAGAAUAGUUAUUAAAAUGUACUUGUUAAAUAUACAUUUCUAAAUACACACACACAAACAUAUAUAUAUAUAUAUAUAUAUAUAUAUAUAUAUAUAUAUAUAUACACACACACACACACACACACACAGUGCUCACCCUUUAUAACGCUAUAGUUGGGAGCCAUAGUUACAAGACCGUGCUAUUUGUGUUCCGCCUUAAAUGAGUAUAAAAGGGCUACUGUAAUGGCAUUAUGGAGCAAAUAGGAGCUACGACCCUACCGUGUUAUAACCGAUUCUGCACUAUAACGAGCAGCGUUAUAACAGGUGAGCACUGUAUAUAUAUAUAUAUAUAUAUAUAUAUAUAUAUAUAUAUAUAUCAUUUUGGCAGAUGCCCUUUGUUAUUGUCCUGCUGGUAGUAAUAUAUGUAGUAAUUAUGUUUUGUUGCACACAGCACUAGCAAUUUCCUUGUGCAGAUACUAAUCUUAUAACACUUACUGGUACUUCUAACCUAAUUAGUGUCCCAUGAAAUGUAUACAGUUGACUGUAGGCUUUCCUUGCUAGCUUGACAUGUCUAUGUAAAAGCGUUUGCCCGUGUGAAAAUUAAAGUGCACGUAACACUUCUGAAGUAAAAAGGAACUGACUUUUUGUAAUAAAAUGGAAGGCAGUUGUAA